CAGGAAGUCCCCAGCGACUCGACAGUUGACAUUGAAAAGGGCCAGCGUGUCAAUCAACGAGUCGCUUUGUCUUGGGACUCGACAGGACUUGGAGCGCCGUGUGUGUAUACAAGUGUGUGUUUGUGUGUGUGUGUGUGUGUGUGCGGGUCCAGGAUGAGGGUGUGUGUGCUGCUGGUGUAUUUGGGGUGUGUGUGUCGGUGGAGGACCAGCGCUCAGGACACGAGGUACCUGAUCAGCGCCCCCUUGCGGCUGCACGUGGACGCGAUGGAGAAGGUGUUGCUGCAGUUGUUCGGCUUUUCCGAAGAGGUGAGGGUCUACGUGUUCUUGAAGACCUCCAUGGCUCCAGGCCAUGUGGUUCUGGCCCGUGACGUGGUGACCCUCAACGUUGAGAACCAGCACCAGGCUGCCGCCUCGCUCCGGAUCUUCUCCAGUCAGCUGGACAAGAGUGUGGCUCAAGUGGUCCUCCACGUCCAAUCAGCGCAGAUCAACGAGCACCUGUCACUUCCUGUCAGCCGCUCCAACGGGUUCCUCUUUGUCCGGACGGACAAACCUCUCUACACCCCCCAGCAGAGCGUCAAGGUGCAAGCCUUCUCCCUCAACCAGGAGCUGCAUCCGGCCAAUCGGAGCGUCUUCCUGACCUUCAAGGACCCAGAUCUUCAGACGGUGGAUGUUGUGGAGAUGCUGGACCUCAACAAUGGAAUCCCAUCCAUGCAGAACCCCUUCAAGAUCCCCAUCAAGCCCAAGUUGGGAACGUGGUCCAUUGAGGCCUCGUAUUCCGACGACUUCACCACCAAAGCCAGAACAGACUUUGAGAUUCGAGAAUACGUCCUUCCCAGUUUUACCGUCGUGGUCCAGCCGCAGGUCAGCUUCAUCAGCUUUGGAAACUUCCAGCACUUCUGUUUCAAGGUGUCCGCCAGGUACCUUCAUGGCGCCCCCGUGGCUCAUGGCGAGGUCUUCCUGCGCUUUGGCUUCGUCAGCAAAGGAGAACUUCCUGUCAUCAUCCCCAACUCCGUGACCCGGGAGAGAUUGCUGUCCUCAGGCGACGUGGACGUGUGUGUCAACAUGGAGAAGAUCCUGUCCAAACAUGAUGGACCUAAAGACCUGCACGGCCUCAUCGGGAACUUCCUGUAUGUUGCUGUCCUGCUGCAGGAGGACUCGGGUGGCAUCAGCCAGGAGGCGGAGUUUUCAGCUGUGAAGUUUGUCAAAUCCCCUUACAGCCUGAGUCUGGUCUCCACGCCCCCCUUCAUCAAACCUGGACUCCCUUACAACAUCCAGGUGCUGGUGAAGGACCACCUGGACCAGCCGGUGAACCAGGUGCCGGUUCGUCUGGUAGAGCAACGGGUCUUCGGUCCCGCGCAAGACCUCCGCAUGAAACCCUGUCCUGAAGAGGCCAACAGCCAAUCAGACGGCGUCGCCAUUUUUGUCUGCAACACGCCCACAGAGGGUGUCAGGGCCUCUUUCAGGUUUGAGACAGCAGACUCCGCCCUCCCGGCCGCCAGUCAGGCCAGUGUGAGUCUGGAGGCGGCGGCCUACCACUCGCCCAACCGCCGCUACCUUUACAUUGACCCCCCGCUGCCGGGCCACACCCUGCGGGUGGGACAAUACGCCAACAUCAAGGUGUACUCGGCCACGCCCUCCUACGUGCCGGUCAAAGUGCUGAGCUUCCUGGUGCUGUCCAAAGGGAAGGUGGAACAUUUCGGCAGGCAGAAGUUCGUCGCUAGCGGCGACCACAAACAAUCGCUCAGCUUCGCGGUGACGGGCGCCAUGGUCCCGUCGAUCCGCCUGCUGGUCUACUACAUCCUGUACGGCGAAGCCACGUCUGAACUGGUGGCCGACUCCGUGUGGCUGGAAGUCCAGGACCCGUGUGUAGGCGGACUGGUGACAGAUAUCUCAUAUGAGGGGCGGGACUUCAGGCCAAAGGACCACCUUCAGCUGCAGAUCAGGACCAAUCAGGAGGGCCUAGUGGCGCUGUCUGCUGUAGACUCCGCCCUCUUCAACCUGUAUCCAAACUACAAGGACCCUGUAACCAUGGUGCUGCGUCACAUCGAGCAAAGCGACCUCGGCUGCGGAGGGGGCGGGGGCAGAGACGCGGCCGACGUCUUCCGAUUGGCCGGCCUCACUUUCAUCACCAACGCCAACGCCCGCCCAUCAACCAGCAGUCCAAAGUGCACGGCGGCUGUGCGUCCCACGAGGGCGCUAACGAAAGAGAUGAAGGAAGCCAAAGCCGCCACGUUCGGACCCCUGAGGAAGUGCUGUGAGCACGGCAUGAAGUACGUCCCCAGAAGCGUCACCUGCCGCCAUUUUGCCGAGCAGAUGUUCAGAAAAACGCAGCAUCAUCCUCAGUGUCGCCACAUCUUCACCGUCUGCUGUGAAUACAUCCAGGAGGCCCUGGACCAGGACCAGAAGCUCAGCCGCCACAACAUGGGGGCCGACUUUGACGCGGCGCCGUCUCUGGUCAGGAGUUUCUUUCCUGAGAGCUGGCUGUGGGAGGUCCAUCCCACCAGAGGAGGUCAGCAGUCCCUCACCAGGACACUUCCCGACUCUCUGACCACAUGGGAGCUGAAGGCCAUCGGAAUGUUCAGGAACGGUAUCUGCGUAUCCAAGCCGGUCCAGGUGUCGGUCAGACUGCCGCUCAGCGUGGACGUGCCGCUACCUUACCAGGUGGUGCGAGGAGAGCAGGUGCAGCUGAGCGGUUCCGUGUACAACCAGCAGGAGGACGACGUCACGUACUGCAUCACGCUGACGGCAGGGCCGGAGAUCUGCAUCCUCCAAUCACAGCCGGCCGCCGCGGGGGCGGGGUUCCGUUCCACCUCCUGCAUCUGGAGCCCACUGCCAGCAAGGGGCGUGGCCAAGGUGGCCUUCACGCUGAUGGGCCUGAAGGCAGGAGAACACACCCUGACCUUCACGCUGAAGACCCGCCAAGGGAAAGGAGACAUCGUGGAGAAGCGGCUCAGGGUGGUGCCCGAGGGCGUGAGGAUGGAGAUGUAUUCCGGAGGGAUCUUGGACCCCCAGGGACUUUACGGUUCUGAGAAGACCACCGUGGUGCUGAAGAACCAGCCGCCCGCUAACAUGGUCCCCAACACGGCAGUGGAGAGAAUGGUGACCAUCAACGGGGAAAUCCUGGGAGACCUCCUCUCGGUGGUCCUGGACCCCGACGGCCUGCGGCAGCUCGUCAACCUGCCUGGCGGGUCCCUGGAGGCGGAGCUUGGCAGAAUCCUUCCUCUGGCACACGUGUACCAGUACUUGGAGACCACCAGGAAGUGGGACGUCCUUGGAGGGAACAUCCACAAGAACUCAGACGACCUCAGACAGAAGAUCCGAGAAGGACUGGUCAGCAUCAGUUCUUUCAGACGUGGGGACUCCAGCUACAGCAUGUGGACCAACAGAGAAGCUAGCACCUGGCUGACAGCGGCGGCGGUUCGCACUCUGGCCUCCGUGGACCCCGUAAUGACCGUAGACCACCAAGCUCUGUCCCAGUCCGUCUGGUGGCUGAUCCACAACGCUCAGAACCAGGACGGGUCUUUCUCCGACAAGUCCUCCUUCAGACCCAACAGAUUCAUGGCUGAGGGGGCGGAGCCUCGUGAGCGCUCGGUGUACCUCACGUCCUUCGUCCUCAUCGCGUUGCAUCGGGCGACCAGCAUCCGCCAACCGGUCCUGCAGCUGCGAUUCCACGAUGACAGCAAGAGGUCCGCCGCCGACUACAUUUCCCAGCAUGCCCUCCACCUGAAGAGCGUGCACGUGCGCGCCCUCGCCACCUACGCCCUCACCCUGCACGACCCCAGCGCGCCCACCAGCAUCACACUCAUCCACAGCUUGGAGACCUUCGCUCGACAGAAAGGACACCCCGCGGUGCUCAGGUACUGGCAGGAAUCGAACACGGCAUCCGAUGAGCUGCGACCCGACCAAUCCAGCGGCCUGACGGUGGAGACGACGGCGUACGUCCUGCUGACCAUGCUGCUGAAGGGGAGGAUCCAGUACGCCAACCCCAUCAUGUCCUGGCUGACCCAGGACCAGCACCAUGGACAAGGGUUUUACUCGGUCCAGGACACCAUCCUCACCCUGGAGGCCCUAACAGAGUACAGUCGGGUGGUCCCUCGAGCCGUCCUCAACCAGGACAUCAAUGUCCGCUACGGACGCAAAGGAGAUCUCGCUCGUGUGCAGCUCAGCCAGAGCCGACCUGUGGCCACGCCCAUACAGGUGCUGCAGGACGACGUCAUCACCGUGUCCACGGGAUACGGGAGGGGCGUGUCCAAUGUCCAGAUGAAGGCGGUCUACUACCAGACGACUCCGCCCCCUGGUAACUGUAACUUCGACAUCAGCAUCGAGAUGGUCGCUGCCGCCGCCGCCGCCGCCUCAGACCGUGCCGGCAUGCGUGCGCCGCACCUGUCUGCCUGUGCCAAGUACAAGCCUCCUCCUAACGAGGUGGUCACCGAGUCCACCAUGACCGUGAUGAAGAUCCAGCUGCCGACAGGCGUGGAGGCGCAUCUAGACGACCUGCGACAGUUCAGGGACGCCGAGGAGCCAAUCAUCUCGCACUACGAGCUUCAGGGCGACACGGUGGUCAUUCAGAUGGACUCUGUGCCCUCCGACAUCUUCUUGUGUGUCGGCUUUCGCAUCCGGACGGGGUUCAAAGUGGACGGGGCCAGCAGGUCCCUGCUGACUGUGUUUGAGCCCCAGGACAAAGGAAGCUUGUGCAGCAAACAGUUUUCCUACGAGGAGCAGAAGGUCCAGCGCCUCUGUGUGGCGGACCAGUGCCAGUGCAUGACAGCUGCGUGCGCGGCCUACAGAUCGACCUUUGACCCGACCUUGACGGCUGCCAAACGCCAGCAGGAAACGUGCCGGGGCCACAUCGGAUACGCGUUCAAGGUGGCCGUCACGUCUCAGGAAGCAGAAGGAGACUUUGUGACCUUCAAAGCCACCGUAGUCGGGGUCCUGAAGAACACGGACAAAGCCUUGGAGGCGGUGAGUUCGGGCACGGAGGUGGAGCUGAUUAAGAAGGUCACCUGCAACUCGGUGGACGUCCAGAACCUCAAACAGUACCUGGUGAUGGGAUCCGGCGGGUCAGAGGUCAAGCUGAGCCACGGCGCCAAGUACCGUCUGCCACUGGACUCGGACGCCACGGUGGACCUGUGGCCCUCCCGGUGCUCCUCCACCGCCUGCUCGGACUACCUGGCCCAGCUGGACGAGUACGCGCUGGACCUGCAGCUCUUCAGCUGCCCUGCACAGUGAUGGACGUCUACGUUACACGCUACGGUCGUGAUGUCAUUAAACACGUAUGAUCCUAAUAAAGCAUCAUCACGA